UCCGUUAAGCCUAACCCCGUUUACCCGCCCUCCUCUUCUCUUCUCUUGUUUUGUCUUGUCUUCCUUGACGCUUCCAAGCUUGCUUUUUCACUUACUUUUCCUUGCAAUUUUUUGGCCUUCUCGAUCACCAACCACCUCCACUCCUCUCGCUCGCCGCCGAACUGGCGUUAGGGCUGCUCGAAUUCUCUCCCUCCCCAGAUUAGGGGUUAGGAAGAGGAGAUGGUUGAAAUCUUGAUUUCCGGAAUUUGUUGAGGUAAUUCGAGGUCGACCAAACAAGAAAAGCAUGUAUUUAUGACAGUUUCCAUAAGAACAGCAGAGUCGAAUUUGUAUCAUGUGGCUCAACUGAGAAUAAAGGGGUCAGCACGUCGGCCUUCUACGUCAUUCAUCUCAUCUUCCAGUAAUUAUGAGUCAGGAAGAUGAAGUGAGAAGUAUUUAAAUGAAAAACUGCAAGAAACUGAUGGCCGAUGGUGGCAUUGAGAAAAGGGAUGAGGCAAGAAGUGAUCAUCUUCGCCUCAGUACUAAAGAUCAAUUAUCUGCAAAGGCUUUCUCAAAGGAAGAAAAGGAAAUUAACAGCUGCAGUAUGUUACUCUACAUUAGAUCAUGAAAAGCCGCUUCUAUUCAAGAUUUCAGUACUCAGAACUGCAAUCUAGUUCUCAAACAAUAAAAGGUUCAAGUGCGUAAAUCAGUAUAGCUUUGUUCAAGCCAGGUUCUUUGUGAUGUAAUUGUUGAAAUAUUCUUUUAUCAGAAGCUUGGAGAAAAGAGUGAAUAUCGAUAGUCUCUGCUCCAAGAAGUCAUAAUGGAUGACUUGAUUGAUUCUUUCAUGUCAUCUCCAGCAUGGUCAGACAGAAAUGCCUCUUCAAAGGCAUCAUGGAAUGGCACAAGUGUAUCUCAUACAAAUGGCUUACUUGCUGAUUCUACAGAACCAUAUGGAGAAGCAAAAAACCCGUCUGUUUGCAUGGUGCCUUCAAGUAACAUUAUAGGCAAUGCAGCUGCUGAAGAUUUAAAUGUGCAUGGGCAUGAUGGGACUCCUUCCAUGUUCAUAGAUGGGAGUGUGAAUUAUGGAAUUCUUAAAGAUUUGUAUUCUGGUGAAAGAUUAUCUCACCAGAAUUUACAUAAUCAAACCUCCAAUUCAAUCUCAAUGAAUAAUGGGACCCGAGUUAGAACUUUCCCGUUACUGGGGGUCACUGGUAGUAACCAAACAUCCGCAUCAUUUGAAUCAGCAUUGCCACGUGGCACACUGGCCAUAUCCAGUUCAAUCGAGAGCAACAGUAGUGAACUAUCUGCUUUUCCACAAUCUCUUGGAGAUGCCCAUUCAAUUAACUCAGUUCCGACAAUAUGGCCUUCAUCAUACUCAAGUGUCUCUUCUUUUGUGGGGCAUGGAAACUCACCAGCUUUUGGUUAUCAAGGAAAUGAAAACAAUGAUUAUGUAUUGGGAAAAUUAAGUCUUGAGAAUGGGAAAUUUCAUGUGGACAGAUUACCUGCAGAAUCCGUGCAUGCUAAGAAUCAAAAUGAAAUACGUGACUUUUCUUCUUUCUCUGUGGGGCAACAUAUGAAUUUGAUUGCUGGUGCUUUGCUCCCACAAAAGGAGCAAAAUGGGUUGCAUUCGCCCUCUUUUCCUUCAGGAUCAUGUAUGAUGGCAGUAAAUAAAAUGGCAGGAAUACAGACUCCUCAGCAGCUAUCACCAUCAUCUGAAAGGCAUACUGCUAGCCAUCAGAUAAACAAUACUUCCAGUACGCCGUCACUAGCUGUUUCAGCUAAUGCCAGUGGUUGCAAUGGAACUGCCAAGCCACGUGCAAGAGCACGACGAGGCCAAGCCACUGAUCCUCAUAGCAUCGCAGAACGACUACGGAGAGAAAAAAUUGCAGAAAGGAUGAAGAAUUUACAAGAGCUUGUCCCCAGUUCCAAUAAGACAGAUAAGGCAUCAAUGCUUGAUGAAAUCAUCGACUAUGUAAAAUUUCUGCAAUUGCAAGUCAAGGUUCUCAGCAUGAGCCGGCUCGGUGCAACUGGAGCAGUUGUUCCUCUGCUGACAGAUACUCAAACUGAGGUUUCUGGCAGUUUGCUUCUGUCAUCAUCGGCAGGGCAGGGAAGUUCUGAUAUAUCCGAGUCAGAGGACAGCUUGGCCUUCGAGCAGGAAGUCGUAAAGCUCAUGGAAACUAAUGUUACCACUGCUAUGCAGUACCUUCAAAACAAAGGACUCUGCCUCAUGCCCAUCGCUCUUGCCACCGCAAUCUCGAAUCAGAAAGGCUUCUCCACUGCUAUACCACCCGACCGAAGAAAACCUAUAAUGAGCCAUGGAAUGGCACCGCUGAGCCACAGUUCCAUGGACAGGAAUUGCAACAAAAACGAUGUCACUGGCUGCAAUGGAACCAUUGUUAAACAAGAAGCUCGCGAAUCAAAUGACAAAACAAGAGAGUUGGAUCACGAGGCGAAGUAGCUAAGCUCACAUGGCCUGUUAUUCCCCUUUUUUUUCAUCUGAUUAAUUUGCUAGUAGAUAUUUUAGUUUGACAAUGGAAGUGUUUUUGGUUGUCUGAGACACUGAUGUAUAGGCUUCCCUGUUGAGGCUGUCAGACUGGAGAAAUAUUAGCACACCAUGCACGUAAAAGUUUAGUCAUACUUGUUUUUGUGUGUAAAGCAGCCAAAAUUUGCUUGUAUUGACCAGAUUAAUUUCUUGAGCAGGUAAAAAGGUAAGCUUAAGAAACAAUGCAGUUGUUUCAG